GUUGGUUUAUCAUUAAUGCAAAGCUUAAGGCACUCAAUAACAAAACUGCAAACACUGAAAUGCUCUGUGCAAGGUCAAAUAGUGGGGCUGACAAGUCAACAAAGGCCAUUGCAAGAAGGAAAGUACUGGUAUUUCCUUGUGACUCACCAAGCCAGGGAUGAUUUUCCUGGGACAAAAUUGAAAAUGGAUGUGGGUAUGUCAUUUAGUACUGUUAUCUUUGCUAUUGUUUGAAUGAGUCCUUAAAGAUGUCAUAUACCGGAACUAGAUACCUAUGUUAACUCACUCCUGCUAUCUUAUUAUUUAGGACAUUUGAGGCAGAAGGAUUGCUGUGAGUUUGAGGUUAGCCUGGAGUAUAUAUUAAGUCCCAGGCUAACCUGGACUAAAGAGUGAGAACCUGCCUCAAAACAGCAACAAAGAGAUCAGAUCACACAGCAGGGAGCAGACUGGAACUGGGAGAAGCAAAAAGAACAACCCAAAGAAUACCAACGGAUCCUACAGUGCUUCUUAGAUAGAAAAGACUGUUGCUAUUCUAUUCAUCAAAUGGCGCAAAUGGGUGUAGGAGAAGGGAAAUCAAUUGGCGAAUGGUUUGGACCAAAUACAGUUGCACAGGUGUUAAAAAAGCUUGCUUUAUUUGAUGAAUGGAAUUCCUUGGCUGUUUAUGUUUCAAUGGAUAACACAGUGGUGAUUGAAGAUAUCAAAAAAAUGUGCUGUGUUCUUCCCUUGGAUGCCAACACAGCUGGUGAGAGCUCUCCUUGUUAUCCUACUGCUUCCAACCAGAGUAAAGGAGAUUCUGCCUUCUGCCAUACCUGGAAACCACUGCUGCUCAUUGUGCCCCUUCGCCUGGGCAUAAACCAAAUCAAUCCUGUGUAUGUUGAUGCAUUCAAAGAGUGUUUUAAGAUGCCACAGUCUUUAGGGGCAUUAGGAGGAAAACCAAAUAACGCCUAUUAUUUCAUAGGAUUCUUAGGUGAUGAGCUCAUCUUCUUGGACCCUCACACAACUCAGACCUUUGUGGACACUGAAGAUAAUGGAAUGGUAGAUGACCAGACAUUCCACUGCUUGCAGUCUCCACAGAGAAUGAACAUCCUGAACUUGGAUCCUUCUGUGGCCUUGGGAUUUUUUUGCAAAGAAGAGAAAGACUUUGAUAGUUGGUGUAGCCUCGUUCAGAAGGAAAUUAUAAAGGAGAAUUUAAGGAUGUUCGAAUUAGUUCAAAAACAUCCAUCACACUGGCCUCCCUUUGUACCUCCAGCCAAGCCAGAAGUAACAACCACUGGGGCAGAAUUCAUUGACUCUACUGAACAACUGGAAGACUUUGACCUGGAGGAAGAUUUUGAGAUUCUGAGUGUGUAGAAUAGUCACAACUUAAUUUGGAGCUAUGUCUUCCAUGUGGCACCAGGAGAACAUGAACUUGUUACAUAAAACUUUUCUAGUCAGCAAGUGCCUCAUAUGUCAACAACAUUUAUAUAGCAAUCAUGACUGAGCCAAAUACAAUUUUUUAGAAAACAAAACCCCACAAAUCAAUGACACUAACCCUACCCCAGAGUCUAGAAGAAGAAAGAUUAGGCAUCUAUUGCUUCCUGGCUUGUCUUAUAUUGGCCACAAGUUUUCAGUGGCUGGAAUGAGGACACUUGGAAAACAGACAGCAAUUCUCAUUUUGCUCCAAGUACCAGCAGGUGGAAGAUGGUUAUAUCCUUUCAGGUGUGACCUCUUUAGGGCUAAAUAUUAAAAGGCAGUCUGUUUUCUUACUCAAUAAAUAAGUGAAUCAGGGAGAAAAUGUUCUUGUUAUUUGAACAUGUAAUUUGAAUAACUAUAAUUUAUACCAAAAUAUUUGUCAAAGAAAUUAAAUCACAUGAACACUUCUUAAUUGUCGUCCUAUUUGGUGGAACCUAUUUGAUAGGUCACAGUCUCCAUUUCACCAGUUGUCAUCAUGUCCUUAAAUCAAAUCAUGAUCAUUUAAACUAGAAGUCAGCAUUUUUUUUUCUGUAAAGGGUCAGUUAAUAUUUUAGGCUUUGCAGGCUAUGUGACCUCUGUCACAGCUACUCAACUUUGUAAAAGCAGCCACAGACUAAAUGUAUGUAACUGAGCAUGGCUGUAAUCCAAUAAAACUUUAUGUACAAAAAAUGUGGAGGGCUAGAUGUGGCCUCACCAAUCACUUAAAUUGUUGAUUUUUGUUUGAGAAAUUAAAAUAAAUUGUUUGCAUUAUACUCUGU